AUUUUAUAAGGAGGACAUGCCAUUAUUCAUAUGAAAUGAAGUAUAUUAUAAAACGGAAGGAGUAUUACAGAAAUGAUGCGGGAGUUCUGUAUAAAUCAAAGUUGUCUCUCGGCAAAUACCAGGCAAACUGAUAUACUAUGGAGUAGUAUUUUUUUUUUUAAAAAAAAGGGGGGAGUACUCUUGAGAUACCAACCACCAGUUUAACCAACUGACAUCCACAUUUCAGGGUGGUUUUUUAAUUGCAGUUGAGGUGUCGUAUAUCUCCUGUAAUCAGAGAACCAAAGCAGAGAACCCAAAAACCAGUUAAACCUCCAUGAAAACACUCUUUUCAAGCUUCACUCUUUCUCUUCAAUUCCCUCCAAAUACACCUUACCCACUUCAAUUCUCCCAUCAUUCUCUCUCCUGCACCCCUCAAAAUCCCAACUUUCUCUCUCCUAAACCUCUCUUUUCCCGCCCAAUUCCCAAACCCUUAUCCACAAAAUCUGACCAAACCCACCAUUCAUCUUCCCCUUCAAGCACUCAAGAUGAUGGCAUUCCUAUUGAUUAUGUCAAAACCCUUGUAAAAUUCAAGUCUCGUUAUAAUUACAUUAGGGUUCUAGAAGUUUCUAGAAAGGCUGACCACCCUUUUAGGGGUUCUAGGCUUCUCCUUCUAGAUGGUCCUGGAAACAUUCAUAGUAUCAAUUUCUUGUUUAGAACCCUAACUGAUACUUACUUUGAUGUUUUUGGGACAUUGACUCCAAUUAUACCUCCUGGGCCAAUUGGGGUUUUGGGUUUUGGGGCUGGUUCAGCUGCUAAAAUCUUGUUGGAAUUGUACCCUCAAGGUGUAGUUCAUGGUUGGGAGAUUGAUCCUGCUGUAAUUGAUGUGGGGAGGGAGUUUUUCGGGCUUUCGAAACUCGAAAGACAAUACCCUGAUAGGCUCUUUGUUUACAUUGGUGAUGCUUUGAAAGCUAGUGUUAGAAAUGGGUUUUCUGGGAUUUUGGUUGAUUUGUUUAGUGAAGGGAGUUUGAUACCUGAGCUUCAGGACCCUUUGACAUGGGAGAAGUUGAAGAAGAAGUUGAGGGAAGGUGGAAGGAUAAUGGUUAAUGUAGGAGGGAGUUGUGUUGAGGCCGAGGAUUCGAGGAGAGACGGGAAAUUAGUUAUGGAAGAGACUUUGAAGGCAAUGUAUGAGGUUUUUCCUGAUCAACUCCUUGUGUUGAACCUUGGGACUAGGAAGGAUGAUAGUUCCCUUGCUCUUACAGGUGAUUUGCCGAAUUUGGUUGCUUGGAAGAAGGCAAUGCCUAAGUCUUUGAGGGGUUAUGUUGAUAUGUGGACUCCUUUUGGUGGAAAGUUUAAUGCAUGAUAUGCUUCAAUUUAGCUAUCCUUUUGAUUAAGGAAGGAAGGACUUGAAACAAUUUCCUCUUAGUGCCAAUUUGUCGCGGUUAGGAGCAUGUAAACACAAUCCUUGUGAAAUGAAGUUGGUGGGAAUUUGGGAUUGCAAGAAUACUGCUUCUGGAGGAUGCAGAUUCCACUGUUGGUUUUAAUCGCUCUUGUAUCAUAUUGAUUAUGGAUUUCAUUUGGAGAUUGAAGGUACGCUAGAAAUGCUUAAUCAAGGUGUUAUGUUUUGAUAUGUGUAGCAUCCUUCUGAAAGAUAAACCAUAUCAUAUUGUUUGAUUGGUGACUGUAGAAUAGACAUAAUAUAGGAGUUGAUUUGUAAGUGAAAUAUAUGGCCCAUCUUUGCUUUUCUGCUCAAUGCCUCAAUUAGAUCAUUCAAUUGGUAGUUAAUAUUGGAAAAUAUUCUUUUGUGUUAUUGUGUAUGUACUCUUGUAAACUGAUAUUCAUAUGUGCUAUAUCAUAGACAAAAGAUGGCAUUUUAGUUGGCAUCCAUUUCUUGUGCAACCAAUCUUCAGCAACUGAGCAUCUGCUUUUGGCUAGUUGCAGCAAAGGUAGAUUAGCCAUUAUAGAGUCCAAUUAUAGAUUCCAGUUUCCACACUAGAGACUAAAUUUUCCGCUUUUUGACAUUAGGUUACCUGCCCUAUAAUUGUGUGAUAAUCUUUAAUACAGUAUAAAUCAACUAGUCAUUUAUUAAUUAAGGAGUAAUAUACUAAAAUGCUAAUAAGGCCAUUAUAGAGUCCAAUUAUAGAUUCCAGUUUCCACUCUAGAGACAAUAUUUUCUCUACUAGUCAUUUAUUAAUCGGAGUAAUAUA